AUGAAAGGCGCUGAGCAAUUUGCCCCUGAGCAGAUGGUAGGCGGGCCGACAGCAGAGGCAGCGUACCGGAGGCCAAAUGGAGACGCUCCGCGCGAUGCUGGCGACCCUUUAUGCCUGCCACCGGGUAUUAGCUCCAAGCGCUUCAAGGAAUUUCUGUGCCGUUUAGCAGACAUAUCCGGCGACGACCAUGUCACGGCCAUCACCAAGAUGGAAGAGCUCUCCCAAGAAUCCUACUUGGAUCCCUCCAAGUGCCACGACAUGUUCCACGUCUUCAACAAGGAGGAUUUUGUAUCGUCCGCCGUUGUGGCGCCGCGGAACGUGGGCGAAGUGCAGGCUAUAAUGCGGUUGUGCAACGAAUUCGAGAUCCCAGUCUGGCCCUUUUCCAUUGGGCGCAACGUGGGCUAUGGUGGUGCCAGUCCUCGUGUAUCAGGCAGUCUUGGUAUGGACAUGGGUCGCAACAUGAACAAGAUCCUCAAAGUCGACGUUGAUGGUGCCUACGCACUGGUGGAACCAGGUGUGACAUACUUCGACCUGCACGACUACCUCGUCAACAACAAUCUCCGCGACAAGCUAUGGAUCGACGUCCCAGACCUUGGAGGCGGUUCAGUCCUCGGAAACACCACUGAGCGUGGUGUGGGCUACACACCCUAUGGAGACCAUUAUAUGAUGCAUUGCGGAAUGGAGAUCGUGCUCCCCAACGGCGAGCUCGUCCGAACUGGGAUGGGAGCCCUUCCCAACCCAAAUGCCGAUCCCAAUGCUCCAGCUCAUGAGCAAGAGCCCAACAGCUGUUGGCAGCUGUUCAACUACGGCUUUGGGCCCUAUAAUGAUGGCUCGUUCACGCAGUCCUCCCUUGGAGUGAUCACGAAAAUGGGUGUGUGGCUAAUGGCAAACCCGGGCGGAUAUCAAUCCUACUUGAUUACGCUCCCGCGUGACGAUGACCUCCACCAGGCCAUUGAGAUCAUCCGGCCCUUGCGUGUUGCCAUGGUCCUCCAGAAUGUCCCCACACUACGACACAUCCUUAUGGAUGCUGCAUGCAUGGGCGAUCGUGCAUCCUAUAGCAACUCCGCUAAUCCGCUGAAUGACGAAGAGCUUGACGCCAUAGCCGAGAAGCUCAACCUCGGUCGCUGGAAUUUCUACGGUGCUUUGUAUGGACCGCAGCCUGUGCGGGACGUGCUCUGGUCGGUUGUCAAGGGUGCUUUUAGCCAAAUCAAAGGCGCCAAGUUCUUCUUUCCCGAAGACCAGCCAGAUAAUCUCGUUCUACAGACGCGGCACGAUACCCUCCAAGGUAUACCCUCUGUUACGGAGCUCAAGUGGGUGGACUGGCUCCCAAAUGGAGCGCACUUGUUCUUCUCCCCCAUCGCAAAAGUGUCCGGCGACGAUGCCGUGGGCCAGUACCAAUUGACGCGGCGACGCUGCGAGGAGGCGGGACUGGACUUCAUUGGCACCUUCGUGGUAGGAAUGCGCGAGAUGCAUCAUAUCGUAUGUCUCGUGUUCAAUAGGAAAGACAAAGAGAGCUGUCGAAAGGCACACUGGGUCAUUUCGACGUUGAUCCAGGACGCGGCGGAGCGGGGUUGGGGUGAGUAUCGGACGCACAUUGCGUUGAUGGACCAGAUCGCACAGACAUAUAACUUCAACAACAAUGCACAGAUGAAGCUCAACGAGACAAUCAAAAACGCGCUGGAUCCCAAGGGCAUCCUCGCGCCUGGAAAGAACGGCAUCUGGCCCCAGACUUACGAUGCUAAAGCUUGGGCCAUCCCACGCCCAAAGCGUUGA